CGGAAGUGCGUCAGCACUGUGUGUUGUGCCGUGUUGAUGAUUUUAGCCCUAAGAAAAAAAAUCAUUAAAAUUAGAGAAUUAACGUCGUUGAUGUCGUUUAAUACGAGUCAGAGCGGCGGGUAAGACACAGAGAACGAGCCACUGUAGACAGGAAAGUACAGGUCGAUUCUAAAAGCGCAUUUAAAGUCGAUCGGAGCGCGGAGCAGCUUAGCAUUAGCGUUAGUUAGCAUUGGUCAAGCUCAACAUUGUUGCGGUAUCAGAGCAGCAUUUCACGAGUAAUGUGAUUUACUCAGAAGACCUGUAAAUAUCCAGAUAAAUAUCCGUAUCACUCAGCGAGGAGCCAUACACACCCUCAGCUAAUGCGGCGGAGUAAAUGGGAUCAGCCAGGUCCAGGCUCAGGGGGCGAGGCAGAUGCAGCCCCCACGGGUGCCCUGGAUGCUGCUGCUGCAGUGGCUGCCAAAAUCAACGCCAUGCUGGUGGCCAAGGGCAAGCUAAAGCCCUCACAGAUCGGUGCUCCUGGUCCAGUUGAGAAGACCACAGGUGCUGGUGGGAAGCCUGCACCAGUAGCAAAAGCAAAGGACGAUCUAGUGGUGGCAGAGGUGGAGAUAAAUGAUGUACCACUUACUUGUCGGAACCUUCUGACCCGAGGACAAACUCAGGAUGAGAUCAGCAGAGUGAGUGGUGCUGCUGUGUCCACUAGGGGGCGCUACAUGACAGCAGAAGAAAAGGCCAAAGCACUGCCCAGUGAUCGCCCUCUUUAUCUACAUGUACAAGGUCAAACUAGAGAACUUGUUGACAGGGCAGUGAACAGGAUAAAAGAACUCAUCACUAACGGGGUAGUGAAGGCUGCUACUAGCUCCAGCACUUCAUACAAUGGAGCCACGGUCACCGUCUACCACCCCACUGGCCCACCUCCCCCAGCAGUGCCGUCUGCAGGACACAAACCACACUUUACUGGUGGGAUGCACUAUGUACAGGACAAGGUCUUUGUGGGUUUGGAGCAUGCUAUCCAGGGUUUCUCAGUGAAGGAGCGUGUAGAAGGUCCAGGCUGCUCUUACCUGCAGCACAUUCAGGCUGAAACAGGAGCGAAAGUCUUCUUGAGGGGGAGAGGCUCAGGCUGCCUGGAACCUGCAUCUGGGAGAGAGGCCUUUGAGCCCAUGUACAUCUACAUCAGUCAUCCGAAACCAGAGGGACUUGCUGCAGCCAAAACGCUCUGUGAAAACCUCCUGCAAACAGUGCAUGCAGAGUACACACGCUACCUGAGCCAGAUGAGUGCUGUGAUGCCCACACAAGGAUUCAUUCAACCACCUGCUGUGAACGGGAUUCCUCCUCAGACCCCUUAUUACCCCCCUACAGGUUUUCAACCCUCAUACUCUCCCCCUGUGCCUCCUCCACAACCUGUUCCAGCUCCUUACUCACUGCCACCCCCAACUGUGCCGCUAGGAGCACCAGCUCCAAUUCCACCUCCAAGUGCUCAGUACCCCAUCGCACCUGCUCCAGCUAACUUAACACCACAGACACUUCCACCUGCAGCUUUCCCACCUGUUGUGCCGGCUCCACCUAAACCUGCGGCUCCGGCAGCCCCGGCCUCCACCCCUCAGAAACGACGCUUUACUGAAGAAGUACCUGAAGAAACAGACAGCGGUUUGCUGGGAUACCAGCAUGGACCCAUUCAUAUGACUAAUUUAGGUGCAGGCUUCGCUGUGGGCAGCCCCGAGGCUUCAGGACCCCCACCUGCAGGUCCCUGUGGCCCUCCCCGGGAGAGGGACAGUAGGCAGCUGAUGCCCCCGCCACCACUGCCGGUGAAUGGUGGAGUCAGAACACAGAAGAGUGAGGAGAGGAGAACCCUGCCAGCCUCGCUGGAGCCACAGGUGAAGCGUAUGAAGACUGGGCUGGUAGCGUACUCUGGUGAUUCCUCUGAUGAAGAGGACGAUCACAGUUCUCAGAAAGCGGGUGGCUCAGGUAACAUAGGUCCAGGCUCAUCCCCCCCUGGAUGGCCUGCUGGAGUGUACCGCUGCCCCACACCACCUCUGCCUCGACCCAAAACACAGACAUCACAACCCAUGCCCUUCUGGAUGGCGCCAUGAGACAAAGGUGCCAGACACACACACACUCGCCCCAACUGCUCAUGUGUUUGGAGUGAAGCCACUGGAAGCCACGCGCUCUCUCUGCUGCUGAGGUACUGUGUUCAUCUGCAAGCUCUUUACAGCAGAGUCCGGUGCAUGGCUCUGAAUGAUACCCAACAAGCAGUCUUUUAUUCUUUGACCUUCAGUUGGCCCUAAACAGCUAAGAGAGUGAUGCUUUCUCGAAGAGGAAGAGAAGGAACUGAUAUAACAGGCUAAAAAGUGGUGCAUCUCCUACCUGAAACUUUUCGUGGUGAUCAAACAAGGACAUAUCUGGUGCUCAGGCUGCACCUACUUCUGUACAGGCAACUGGUAUUUUACGUUAUGGACUAGACUUCUUGAUUCAAACACUCAGUUCUCCCCUGCUCUCUCAGAAUAAAUCAUUUGUACUUGGUG